AUGACUCUUUUCAGAUCCGAACUUCCCCUAGAUUUUGCAGUCUUAGCGAUCAAGCUUGCCGCAGAAAGAGCUCUUGACAAUCUGUCUUCCCUUUUGCAACUGAAGUAUCAAAUUUUGAACCUGCAAAAUGUCGAAUUCGAAGCAAUUUGGAUUGGAGUUGCUGGAUAUGAUCGGCCUCAAAUGAAAUCAGCGCUUGACUCGAAGUUGUCAUCCAUAUUCCGAUUGGCCAAGAAUGGAGUUCUAAAAGUAUCUAAUGACAUUCAAGUACUGGCAUCGGCACCUUCACUUCACCAUGACACAGUGGUCCAUCGUCCUGCAACCAACAUCGUCCUCAUUGCCGGGACUGGAAGCGUUGCAGUGAAGUAUCACCAUGACGGAUCGACCGGGGAACUGGUCCCGAGUGGGAGUUCUGGCGGAUGGGGCCAUUUACUUGGUGACGAUGGGUCUGGCUUUGACCUAGGUCGAUCUGCCAUACGAUCUACGCUCUUUGCUCUUGAUAUCCUGCGUCAUUCCUCAAAUGGGGAGCCUUCCUUGGAAAACAUCGAAGAGAUGCUAAGCCCAUUUUGUCAAAAGAUUCUCGAUCAUUUUGGUAUCUUGCAAGACACCAAUAAUAACUACGAUCUGCUCAGUGCUAUAUUGACAAAUACUUGUCCCGAAAAUCGCUACCCCAAAAACAAGAUCGCUAGUGUGGCGAGGCUAGUAUUGGACGUCUUUAAGCCUCCCCAACAGGAUCAGCAAUCAGCUGAUGAUGCCAAAGCUGGCAGUGAAGCCCACGAUAUCAUCAGCCAGGGAAUCCGAGGCCUAAUUCGCAUGCUGAAACCUCUCCUACCACAGGCAGCUGGUUCUGGAAAUUGCAAUCUGAUAUUAGGCGGUGGACUGCUUGCAGGAAAAAAUGAUGCAUACCGUUCUGAAUUGACAUCGGAGCUAGAAAAAGAUGGUAUUAUCCCUCAAAUUAUCUCCUCAACCACAGUUGUCAACGACCCCUGCAGUCUAGGGGCGACGAUGCUGGAAUCAACAUAUCUGAAGAGACAUGUAGGAUAG